AUGGAUUCGGAUUGUUCCCAGUUUCUGCGUGGCCAGGCAAUCGACCAGGCUUUCUAUGAAUGUGAUGCUCAUCUCUUUCGCCUUGGUAACCGACCUCUACCUCGUGGCCUUGUGCUCGCCUCGGGCUCCGAUUGGUAUUUACUGCCACGAGACUUCCUUCUAUACGCCGUGUUUGGGCGGGAUGGACUAGUUGAUCGCCUGCGGGAUUUCUAUCGCUACUCUGUACUCCCUGUCGAGUCUUUCUAUCACGUUCUGGCAAUGAAUAGCCAUUUCUGCCAGAGAUUGGUCAACUCAAAUCUUCAUCUCGUAAACUGGCGCCGUCCUCAGGGCUGCUGGUGCAAGGAGGCUCUCCCAGUUGACUGGUGCGGCUGUUCGCCAGCCGUCUUCACUGGACCUCACGAUCUUGCUCGACUCCUUCGCCUCCACUCCUCGUCACCAUAUUACGCCAACACGAUGGAUUUGAACUCGAGUUCAGCUCUCAGCCAUACUAGUAACCUCAAUAAUCUGUUUUUCUUUGCCCGCAAGUUCGAUUCUACCGUUGAUCUGGCCCUCCUCAAUCUGGCUAUUGUUCGCUUGAUGAAGGACGAUAGAUUAAACGACGAAAACUGGUCUCUUUACCUUGAGCCUGUUUACCUCGACUUCUGGGAUAGGAGUGGUGACAUUGGACUAAGGACGGCACUGCUUGCGCUCGCUCUUACUGGCUUAGAUCAUUCAACCCGGAAUCUACCGUCAAGUCAUUGUCUUACAACGGCUGCUCAAGCCGGUAGGUCAAUAUUAUUACACUUUGUGUAG